AUCACAACAGAAUUUAAAAGCCCCACCAACGGCACUGUACAGUGAUAGUGGGGAAGGAGAAGCUGCAAACAGCACACGGUUCUCUACAGCUGACUGGAGUAACGUUAGGAUGGCAGACUUUGAUCUGUACACGUACCAGGAGGAAGUGGUCGAGAGGGCUCUUCAGAGAGAGAACAUAAUCAUCUGGCUGCCGACAGGAGGUGGAAAGACCCGCGCUGCUGUGUAUGUGGCCAAAAGACAUCUGGAGACCACUGAGCGGGCGAAGGUGGUGGUCCUGGUGAACAAGGUUCACCUUGUAGACCAACAUUACAAGAAAGAGUUCAAGCCUCACCUGGACCAAAACUACAAAGUGGUGCCAGUCAGUGGAGAGAGUGACGAGAAGGACUUCUUUGGAAAAGUGGUGCAGAAGUCCGACGUGGUCAUCUGCACAGCACAGAUCUUAUAUAACGCUCUGACUAACACAGAGGAAACCAAACAUGUCGAGCUCUCAGACAUUACUCUACUGAUAAUUGAUGAGUGCCACCACACCCACAAGGAGUCAGUCUACAACAAGGUAAUGAGAUUCUAUUUGGAGAAAAAGUUGAAAGGAGAACGUCGAUUGCCACAGAUCUUGGGUCUCACUGCAUCACCGGGUACAGGAGGCGCCAAGAUCCUGAACAGGGCUGUGGAGCAUGUCCUGCAGAUUUGUGCCAACUUGGACUCAGCCAUAGUCUCAACUAAAAACUAUGCCCCUGAGCUGAAGAGGAAGGUACCCAGACCCAUCAAAUCAUUUGACAUUGUGGAGAAAAGGCCAGCGGAUCCAUUUGGGAGUCAUCUGAAAUGGAUGAUGGAGCUGAUCCACGAGUACAUGAACUUACCUCCAGACUUCAAACUCAGAGAGUGUGGCACACAGGAGUAUGAGGCAGAUGUGGUGAUUUUAGAGAAGCGAGGGGUAAAAGAGGACAACAGACUGCUGGCACAAUGUGCACUCCACCUCAGACAGUACAACGACGCCCUGCUGAUCAACGACACCCUGCGAAUGAUGGAUGCUUAUUGCUCCCUGGAAGAAUUCUACAGCACAAAGUUAACCAGAACCAUCGACGGAACAGACCUCUUCCUGGUGGGACUUUUCCAAGAGAAUCAGGUGGAGCUGAAGAAAAUUGCACAGGAUUCUCGUUACGAGAACCCAAAGAUGGCCAAACUUGAGAGCGUUCUGCUUAAACAGUUUGGACAAGGCGUGCAAUCAAGGGGGAUCCUCUUCAGUAAAACCCGUAGAAGCACUUAUUGCCUCAAUGACUGGGUCCUCAACAACAGAGCCUUACAGCAAGCUGGCAUCAAGGCAACCAUCCUCACUGGGGCUGGCAAUGGCAGCACUUACAUGACACAGAACGAGCAGGCGGAGACGAUCCGCAAUUUCCGCGACGGUACUCUCAACCUUCUGAUCUCCACCAGUGUGGCUGAGGAAGGCCUUGACAUCCCUGAAUGCAACCUGGUGGUGCGCUAUGGACUGCUUACAAAUGAGAUUGCCCAGCAGCAGGCCAGUGGACGUGCAAGAGCCCAAAACAGCCAGUAUUCAGUAGUCGCCAUGAGAGGGGGCCGGGAAGAGCGCCGAGAGAUCACCAAUGAAUAUCUGGAAGAGCUGACUCGAGAAGCUAUCGCUAAGGUCCAAGAAAUGAGCCUCCAAGAGUUUCACAGAAAGAUCAAUGAGUUACAGAUACAGGCAGUUAUCAGCAGUAGAGUUGCAGAGAACCAAAAAACAGAGAAGAGGAGUCGCUACACUGCUUCCAGUAUCCAGUUCUUGUGUCGAAACUGCUUCAAGUCUGUGGCAUCUGGCAGUGACAUUAAACUUGUUGACAACGCGCACUAUGUCAAUGUCAAUCCUGACUUUGAGAAACACUACAAAGCCGGCGGACAGGUGAAGAUUCCAAGAAGUUUUGAGGACUGGGAGCCUGGGCGCACGAUCAGUUGCAAUAAUGGCAACUGCAACAAGGAUUGGGGAUUUGAGAUGAAGUACAAGAAGAUCGCCCUGCUGCCCAAUCUAGCCAUUAAGAAUUUUGCCCUGCAGACCCCUGAUGGCAGGAUAACUGUGAAGAAGUGGAAGGAUGUCCAAUUCAAUGUUGAGGACUUCAGCUUUAACCAAUACUGCCAAGACUACUACCCUGACCUCCUCGACUGAGACAACAACAAGGGAGCCCUGUAGGGGGUUCUCCUCAUAUCACAUGCCAGUUUUUUAAAAUCUUUUUUCAUUUUUGAUUUGUCUGUGCUCAUUAAGAGAAUCUGUCAUUAUACUGUUGCAUAAAUAUGAACACGUGCCAUUCAAAAAUUCUCUCCACACGUGCUAGCACUUAUUUGUGCUGCGGGGCCAAUGAGGCAGCAGUGUGCUAUAACCCAUUACACAUCGAUCAUGCUUGAAAUUAGCAUGACAGCUUUGUUUAUGCCCAAGGUCCAAACUCCCUUUGCAUGUUUUUGUGUGUCUUUUCCCUGCUUCAGCUCAAGUCAAGCACACAAACAAAGCAGAAAACGAUCUCUGCUGUUACUUGAACCUUAAUCAUCACGAACACUUGACACGUCAUGACUAAGAUGCUUCCUUAUGAACUGUAGCUAUUUUAAAAUACUUUUAAAUGGUAACUAUUUUUUAACAGUUGUGUGUCUGUAUGCUGGUAGUUUCUCAAAUAAUGUAAUUAUUCAAAUGUUUUACUUUAUCAUUUAUUAGCUUAGUUUAUGUUGUUGAUGUAUACUAUUUUAUAUCUAAACCUAAAAAUUCCUUGACUUGCCUAAAAUAUUAUUUUAUAAUUAAUUUGCCUCUGGGAACCACUAGGUGUCAGUGUUGGUUAGCAAAUGUCCACACCAAGUCAGGUCCUAUAUUUCUUCUCUAUCUCUGUAUCUUCUAACAAAUGAUGUGAAUAAAGCCAGAAUGGAAAUUUU